AUGGGGGUCGCCAGCCCCCAGGGCCGCCAGCGCCGCUCCUGGCGCCGCUCCAGCCUCCAGGGCCGCCGCUCCCGCCGCAAAUCGUUGCCCCCCGUGCACCAGGAGCUGCGCGAUUUGAGCAAAUCCAUCAGCCUGGAGCUUCCUGAAGUCCAACGUCUCUCCCUCCUCCUCCUCUCCAGCUUCCAGUUUUCUGCCCGGAAGUUGCAGCAGGCCCUGGAGGAAUCCGAAGGCUUCGACCCCGAGGUUUUCGCUGCCAACGGUUGGGAUUGGAGCCCCCAAAAUCCCCAAAAUUUGGGAUUUUCCUCUCAAAAUCCCAAAUUUCCAACUCCCCAAAUGGGUGGAGACCCCAAAAAUUUGAGAUUUUUGGGGAAAAAGCAGCGGAAUUAAUUAAGAAUUAAUUUA